AUUGUCUCACGGUGAAUAACUAGAAGAGAAGAAAAAGAGAGAAAUGAACAAAAUGACCUGCGAAGCCUGCCGGACCAUUCCCCCAGUUAUAGCAGUGGGAUACACCCUCCAAGGCAAAUACGAGACCAUUGCCGGGUUAAAGACAUAUAUAAUCACCCCCCCAACCCCAAAAACAGGCAUAAUAGACAUCUACGACAUAUUUGGUCUGUCCCCCCAAACCCUCCAGGGAGCAGAUAUACUCUCCCGCACCUCGAACGCCGUCGUGCUAGUCCCCGAUUUUCUCAAAGGCAAUUACGUCCUCCCCGAAUGGAUCCCACCGGACACGGAGGAGAAGAAGAAGCAGUUCACACGCGUUAUGUCGGAGAGCGCGAACCCGGCUGCCAAUGCCGAGGUGUUGCUGAGGGUUGUUGAGGAGGCGAAGAGGAGGUUUCCUUCUGUUACGGCUUGGGGGGGUGUUGGGCUUUGUUGGGGUGGGAAGGUAACAGCCUUGGCCUCUGGUCCUGGAACCCCCUUUGCUGCCACUGGACAGGUUCAUCCUGGUCUCUUGGACAAGGCAGAUGCUGAGAGACUCACCAUCCCGCACAUUGUCCUCGCGUCCAAAGACGAGUCUGCUCAGACGGUCGCCGACUACAAGACUGUCAUCGCCUCCAACGAGAAGGGCGGACAUGUCGAGACCUAUGGAACCAUGUGGCAUGGAUGGAUGGGUACUAGGGCUAACUUGGAGAAUGAGGAUAGUCGGAAUGAAUAUGCUCGUGGAUAUGGACAGUUGGCGGAGUUUUUCAAGAAGUACUUGGAGUAGCUUCUAGACUGACUUGUGAAUAUCUUUAUGCUUGGUCCAUACUGGAGGCGGUUGGUUCAUUACUAGAGAAUGACCAGGAACAUACAUAUGCAGUAAUAAUAGUGAUGGAAGGAGUCGUUGGAUUUCCUAUCUAGCUGAGAAGAACUAUCUACGAUUUGGCUAAAUAGAACGCUAGUCCUAAACAGGAAUGGCCUGACAACCUAGUGGGAAAUCACAUGAUUUGGCUGGAACAUUCACUCAUCAAAGCAACUAUGACAAAAAGGUAGUGCUCCUUUA